AUGCACGUCAGAAACCAAACGUUAGUGGCUGAGUUUAUCCUCUGUGGGUUCCCUGUGUCCCUAGAGCUGCAGAUCUCUCUCUUCAUAGUGAUUUUGCUCAUGUAUAUACUCACCAUCAUCGGCAAUGUUCUCAUCAUUAUUAUUGUGAUCCGUGAGCCUCGUCUCCACACCCCCAUGUAUUUCUUCCUGGGGAACCUCUCCUUCCUUGAGAUCUGGUACAUCACCACGCUGGUGCCAAAGAUGCUGGCUAAUUUUUUGACCCAGAAGAGGUCCAUCUGUCUCCCAUGCUGCUUGACACAAGCCUUUUUCCACUUCUUCCUGGGUGCCACCGAGUUUUUCCUGCUGGCUGCCAUGUCCUUUGACCGAUACUUGGCUGUCUGUGACCCUUUGCAUUAUGGGGCUAUCAUGAGCCAUGGGCUAUGCCUCCGGUUAGCCCUGGGAUCAUGGUUGGGUGGCUUCUUGACUGUCUUACUGCAGACCAUCCUGGUUUGCCAGCUCCCCUUCUGUGGCCCAAACCUCAUUAACCACUUCUACUGUGAUGUGGCCCCAUUGCUGAAGUUGGCUUGUGCCGACACCCGCUUUCUAGAGCAGAUAGUGUUUGCAGUGGCUGCCUUCGUUCUCUUGAGCUCCUUCUCCUUCACCAUGAUAUCGUAUGUUUUCAUCAUAUCGGCCGUAUUGAGGAUCCCUUCCAACAGCGGGAGGCAGAGGGCAUUUUCCACCUGUGCCUCCCAUCUCACCGUGGUCUCCAUACUGUAUGGGACCGUCAUCUUCAUGUACGUGAGGCCAAAGGUGGACUCCUCACUGGAGCUGAACAAGGUGGUUUCUGUGCUGAACACGGUCAUCACUCCCCUCCUGAACCCCUUUAUCUACACGCUGAGGAACAAGGAAGUCAAAGAGGCCUUGAAAAAAGCAGUGUGUACAAAAAAGUGCUUGACCAAGAAUGAGAUGGAAAGAUGCUCAGCUGGUAUCAAUUAG